AUGGCGCCUCCCGACCGGCUGCCGGCACGCCAGGCCACCCGCGGCACGCUGCUCCGAGCCGGUCACCUGCUCCUUGCGCCUCGCCGCCGUCUUCCACGGCCACAGCGUCACCACCCGGAGGAGCCAUGGAUAGGAGCCGCCACGCUGUUCCUCCUCUACGCACGGGCGCAGUCUGCCCCGCGACGCCGAGCCGUCUCCACUGCGUCGCCGCGCCGGACCGCGACCAGGAGCAGCGCCCUCCUCAGCCCGUGCAGCUCCGACCCUGCACGUCUGCCUCCUCGCCGUUCCACAGCACCUCCGACCCGUCGGCUCGCGACAGAGACUCUAGCGGAGCACUUUGUUUGGCCUCUGCCAGGCACUGUGCCUCCAAGGUGUAGGUACACGCUUGCUGUCACAAUGCGCAACCAGCAGAAGCCACGACUGGACGGCAACGCGUUUUUCACGCUCGAGAGCACCAUGGCAAGCAUUCAGGGCCUACAUAACUUCCCAAGAUACGGAGUUGAUAAUGCCCCCGACAAAUUCUUUACAAAAGCGAAAGAGCGUGGCCGUGAGGUGCAUCAGAUUAACUUGGCCCCAGUUUACGUACAAGCGGCGGAUUCUAUAGCUAAAUUGCCCGAGAAAACUUGGAGCCUGUUUGGAAUGCAGGAUUAA